GUCCUCCAUCCCGCACUGCCGCCUCUUCCAGCACGGCACCACGCCAGAGUCGCACGCUGGGACGCGUGCUGGCGGGCACAGAGCCCCCUGGAGAUUUGGGGAGGUGCACAUCUCUGCAGUAAGAUGACCUGGCAAAAAUACUAUGUGAUUUUCUUACAUUGGGAAUUUCUUUACGCGAUAACUGCAUUUAAUUUGGCAUAUCCAGUAACUCCCUGGAAAUUUCAAUUGUUCUGCAUGCCACAAAAUGUAACCAACAACUGCAUCCUCUUGCCUGAUGGAAUCUUAAAGAACACAUCAAAUAUGAGUGUAGACUAUGAGGCAACUGAUGAAGAUGGGCUUAAAUCUAGUGGUGCCUACAUCUCUGACGGAUCCAACACAACUCUCUAUUGUUACUUUGGGAGUGGGCAAGAUAAAAACUGCUCUUCAGGUAUGAACAACAUUGAAAGGAAAGCAGUGGAUUCAACAACAAAUUCUUCAGUUUUGCAACAACUAGGUGCAAACUGGAACAUACAGUGCUGGAUGAAAGGAGACUUAACAUUAUUCAUCUGUUCUAUGGAGUCAUUGUUUAAAAAUUCAUGCAAGAAUGGUGACCUUAAAGUCAAUCUUUCAUAUACUUUGCAUGGAAUGAGAGAAGAGCUGCCUGUGGUUCCCCAGACAGACAGUUUCCAGGCUGUGCAGUGCAUCUGUAGAGCCGAGGGAUGCUGGGAAUGCCACGUGCCUGUCCUCACAGCCAAACUCAACUCUACUCUUCUUAUGUAUUUGAAAAUCACAUCUGGUGGAGCAAUUUUUCAGUCACCUCUCAUGUCGGUUCAGCCCAUCAAUGUUGUGAAGCCUGAUCCACCAGUAGGUUUACAUAUGGAAAUCACAGAUGAUGGUAAUUUGAAGAUUUCUUGGUACAGUUCAACCUCAGUUCCGUUUCCACUUCAGUAUCAAGUGAAAUAUUCAGAGAAUUCUACAGUUCUAAGAGAAGGUGAUGAGAUUGUAUCAGCUACAUCCCUGCUGGUAGAUGGCGUGCUUCCUGGGUCUUCAUAUGAGGUCCAGGUGAGGGUCAAGAGACUAGAUGGCCCAGGAGUCUGGAGUGACUGGAGUUCGCCUCAUGUCUUUACCACUCAAGAUGUCAUAUACUUCCCAGCUAAAAUCUUGACAAGUGCUGGGUCGAAUGUGUCUUUUCACUGCAUCUAUAAACAUGCAAACCAGCUUGUGUCCUCCACAAAGAUUGUUUGGUGGAUGAAUUUAGCUGAAAAAAUUCCUCAAAGUCAGUAUACUGUUGUGAGUGACCUUGUCAGCAAAGUCACUUUUCCCAAUGUGAAAGCCACCAAGCUCCGAGGGAAGUUCACCUAUGACGCAGUGUACUGCUGCAGUGAGCAGGAGUGCCACCACCGCUACGCUGAGUUACAUGUGAUCGAUGUCAAUAUCAAUAUAUCAUGUGAAACUGAUGGGUACUUAACUAAAAUGACUUGCAGAUGGUCAGCCAAUCCAAUCCAAUCACAUGUGGGAAAUUCUUUGCAGUUAAGAUAUCACAGGAGCAGUCUUUAUUGUUCUGAUAGUCCAUCUAUUCAUCCUGUAUCUGAGCCCAAAGAUUGCCAUUUGCAGAGGAAUGGCUUUUAUGAGUGCGUUUUCCAGCCAAUCUUUCUAUUAUCUGGCUACACAAUGUGGAUUACUGUCAAUCACUCAUUAGGUUCACUCAACUCCCUGCCAACAUGUGUGGUCCCUGAUUCUGUAGUGAGACCACUUCCUCCAUCUAGUGUGAAAGCAGAAAUGACAGUAAACAUUGGAUUUUUGAAAGUAUCGUGGGAAAAGCCACUCUUUCCGGAGAAUAAUCUUCAGUUCCAGAUUCGAUAUGGGUUAAGUGGGAAAGAAAUACAAUGGAAGAUGCAUGAGGUGCAUGAUGCAAAAUCAAAAUCUGCCAGUUUCCCAGUGCCAGACCUAUGUGUGGUCUAUGCUGCUCAGGUGCGCUGCAAGAGGUUAGAUGGCCUGGGGUACUGGAGCAAUUGGAGCAACCCAGCAUACACAGCUGUCAUGGACGUCAAAGUUCCCAAGAGAGGACCUGAAUUGUGGAGAAUAAUACAUGGAGAUAUUACUGAAAAAGAGAACAACGUCACCUUACUUUGGAAGCCCCUGACCCAAAGUGACUCACUGUGCAGUGUGAGGAGAUACGUGGUAAAGCAUCAUACUUCCCACAAUGGAACAUGGUCAGAAGAUGUGGGAAAUCGUACCCAACUCACGUUCCUGUGGACAGAGCAAGCACAUACUGUUUCGGUUCUGGCCAUCAAUUCUGUUGGUGCUUCUUCUGCAAAUUUUAAUCUCACAUUCUCACGGCCCAUGAGCAAAGUAAAUAUCGUGCAGUCACUCAGUGCUUAUCCUUUAAACAGCAGUUGUGUGAUUCUUUCCUGGAUGCUAUCACCCAGCGAUUACAACCUAAUGUACUUUAUUAUGGAAUGGAAAAAUCUCAAUGAAGAUGAUGAAAAUAAAUGGCUUAGGAUCCCUUCAACAGUCAAGAAGUAUUACAUUCAUGAUUAUUUUAUCCCUAUUGAGAAGUAUCAGUUCAGUCUUUACCCAGUAUUUAUGGAGGGAGUGGGAAAACCGAAGAUAAUUAAUAGUUUCACCCAAGAUGAUAUCAACAAACACCAGAAUGAUGCAGGUCUAUUUGUAAUUGUGCCCAUAAUUAUUUCCUCUUCUGUCUUACUGCUUGGGACAUUGCUAAUAUCACACCAAAGAAUGAAAAAACUGUUCUGGGAAGAUGUUCCAAACCCCAAGAAUUGUUCCUGGGCACAAGGACUUAAUUUUCAGAAGAGAACGGACAUUCUUUGAAGUCUAAUCAUGAUCACUACAGAUGAACCCAGUGUUCCAACUUUCCAACAGUCCAUAGACUAUUAGAAGAUUUUUACAUUUUGAAGAAGGGGAGAAAAUUUAAACAAACAAACAAAAAUAAUGGUUGAACUAUCAAGGACUAACAUAUACUGUACUUAAAAGAGAUGUGUAAAUUUGGAGUUCUGCUAUAGAUUUGAAUCCAGCUUAGUUGGGAUGUAGAGUUGAUUUUCAAAUUUAUCUGAAGCUUGAAAGUAAUAUUGAUGGUUUCUGGAUUUGAGGUCUCAUUUCCUAAUCAUAAAACAUUAAAAAAAUUAUGACUGUUGCUGUCAUGAAACAUCCAUUAGAUGAGCUAUAGCUAAGUGAACUCCAAAACUGCAACUUCUGAUACAUAUCCUUAGAAACAGAAUGACUCCAACUACAGAAUGCAGUGAAAAUAUUUAGUUUAAAUUCGUAUGUCCCCAAAUUUCCACGUUAAAUUACUUUAUGGAAACUUGAACCUGCAAUUGGAUCCAUUUGUGUGGCUUUUUCGUGUCUUGUAGCUUUUUUUUUUUUGGUAUCUAACUUAGAUCAAUCUAGAAAUUUCUGUUUUCAAUAGCUGUGAAAAUGGCAUGAUAUUUGAAGAAAGCCAGAUGUUUUUUGUGCUGGUCCCAGGCCAGUGGAAGUUAGAAUUCUUAUAAGAAUAACUCUAUAUAUUCAGGUUAGAUUCUGCAGAUCAAAAGAGAGCAUCAGCCUCCAGUCCAGCCUUCUUGGGCAAUUCCUGCCUAAAUCUAAUGUGUAUCCACUGAGCUAUUCAAGAGUUUUGGCAGGCAGGAAAGUGUGUCAUGGUAUAAAGAAGAGACACCCUUUGACAUUUUUACAAAUAGUUCAUAGUGAGGACUCUUUUACCUCACAAAAGACCACUCACCAGAGCACAAUUAGCAUAUCAACUGUACUCUGCUGCUCACAGUCAAACAAAAUCAAAUUUAUGAACCCAAAUAAUAUUGAACUUUAGUCAGAUGCAUGAAUCACUUAUAUUAGAUUUACUCAAUGUUUUAUUUGGAUGUGGAAAAAAAAACCCUCAGAGGAAUGUGUUUUUCUCUGUUGAUGAUUAACAGAUGUCAUUGGAAUGGAAAAUCUGAAAGUGGAAUUAUAAAAAGAUUUUUAAAAUUCUUACCAGCUGAAUGAAUGUUUAAUAUGUCCCCCCUAAAUUAAAUGCAUAGAGUGAAAUCUUUUUAAUUUUUUUUGUAUUUUUACAUAGUUGUACAAAGGAUAUGCCAGUUAACAAAGCAGUUUAUAAAUGCAAUGCAGCUUGAUCAGUGUCACUUCAAAUGACUUUUUUUGGAAUAAACAUACUUUUAAUAGUGUUGUGAUCCUUAGCAAAAUAUAUUUUAGUAAUAUAGGGGUUUGAUUUCUUAGUGAAAUUUUCCACCUGAAUGCAUUUGAAGAAAUGCAUACUAUUUGAUUCCAACAAUUAUUUGCCCAUACUGAGGUUUUAGGGAGCAUAGGUUGUAACAAGUCAUUUGAAGAUCACUUAUGAGUUGGACUGUAUAUUAUGGGUAAUUUUCUGUGCACUCUUAUUUUGUCUUUAUGUUGAUAAAAACCUAAUUCCUUUAUUUGGUAUUCUUAAUUUCUAAGUUCAUUUAACACUUCAAGAUAAUUCUAUGCACAUAUAAAUAGUUGAAUCCUUUAAGGGAAAAAGUGAACAAGCAAAUAUUUGAAGGAAAUAAGAAAUCUCUUGAUUUCUGUCAGAAAGUAGGCAUAUAAACUAUUUGCUGUUCAUGUAUUAUACUGAUAGAAUAACACAAAAAUUGUAUUAAUAAAUAUUGUUACCAGGCAGUAUUUUAAUACUUACAUAAGCAUACUGCAUUAUAGUUUUGUAUAUUUAUUCUUUUUGUUUUAAUUGCUAAUAUAUUUCACUUACAAGUUUCAAGCUGCUAAAUAAGUUGUAUUUUUGUAUGGAAUGUACUAGCCAUGAUGAAGAACAGUUGAAAUGCCAUCAUCUCAAGCAAUAAGCCUGAUCUAUUAGCUGAAUAAUUGUCAUGCUAUUGUUAGCUUAAUCAUUAGCUUACUAAGUCACGCUAUUAGCUUAAAAAAUUGUAAAAUUCAAAAGCUAAAAUGUAUAUGUGAUAUACAAACUGAACACAUUUCCUAUUUAGUUGUGUUAAUUUUUCAAUGUGAUGUAUCCAUAGUAUUUUUUAUUUUGCAUUUUUUCAGCAUGUUUCCAUUGUAUGGAUUGACUUUUCGGCCAACAGGUUCUUGUUUUGUAGCUGCUUGGCAGGAUUUUUGUUGUGAUGUAACCAUCAAUCCUAUAAUAUAUAUGAUGUACAUUU